CAAAUGGUGCUGCUGUUGCAAAUGUCAAUGAUAAAAAUUUGAUUGUUAAUGAUGUACAAAGUAUUGAUUUUCUAAAAUUUAGAGAUGAUCUUACUAAAUUUGGAACAGAAUUGGCUCAAUUGAUUAUUAGAGAUGGUGAAGGUGCCACUAAAUUUGUCACUAUACAUGUAAAGGGGGCUAAUUCAUAUGAUGAAGCAAAAAAAGUAUGUUCGACAAUUGCAACAUCAGCACUUGUCAAAACAGCAUUAUAUGGACAAGAUGCAAAUUGGGGUCGUAUAUUAUGUGCAGUAGGAUAUUCAGGUAUUCAAUCCAUCAUACCAAACAAAGUUUCUGUUUCAUUUAUACCAACAGAUGGCACAACACCUUUGAAAUUGCUUACAUUUGGUGAACCAGAAAAUGUUGAUGAGGCAAGAGCAAGUGAGAUUUUAAAAAUGGAAGAAUUGGAAAUCAAUGUUGAUUUAGGAAUUGGUACCGAUGAAGCAAAGAUGUGGACUUGUGAUUUUAGUCAUGAAUAUAUUUCUAUCAAUGCUGAUUAUCGUACAUAA